AUGUUACCGAGAUCAAAAGAGAAGGUCUCAAAAAAAGGGUUUGCUCAGAAAUUGAUCCAGCUUGAAGCAUGCACUACCAGAUGCUGGGGAGUAGUAUUUCCUCCAUUGCAGAGUCGCAGAGAUUGGAGUCAUACUCAAUGA